CCCUAUAUAUACGACUAGCACACCACCAAGCUUUACCAUAUCUUCUCCAUCAACUCCUCUCCCAGCUACUUUAGCUCUACUCUCACCUCUCAACCAUGAUAUCUCGUCCGACUACCACAGCUCUUGUGGCGGCGGUACUGGUUGCAGCGGUGGUGGCGCUACCUUCAAGCAAGGCGGCGCUGUCAUGCUCGGAAGUGUACCAGCAACUGAUGCCGUGCGUCGACUACCUUCAGUCGGGCGGCAGCUCGGCUCCGUCGGCAUUGUGCUGUAAUGGGAUUAGUAGUUUGAAUGCUGAAGCGAAGGUGAGGGCUGACCGCCAAACCGUUUGCCGGUGCUUGAAGACGGCGGCGUCCGGUGCAACCGACAUUAACAUAAAGCUUGCCGAAGCUCUCCCGAAGAAGUGCGGCGUGAAUAUCCCAUAUAAGAUCAGUACUUCCAUGGACUGCGCUAAGGUGAAUUAAAAGAGGAGGGUUCUGAGGUAGAAUGAAGUGUUCGAAGCGAUUCUCUGAGAGCAGAAGCCUUCCUUCUGAUUUAUUACUAAUGCGCCAGUACUGUAUUUGUUGUUCAAGUUGUAUGCUUGUGUACGUUUAUUUAAUUUGCUGAGAAAAUAAUCGUUGGUCAUGUCUUUUAUUAUGUAUUGUGUUAUGGCUCCUGCUAAUUAAUAAAGUGCUAUUAAUGGUUUAUGUGUUUUAAAUGGCAAA